AUGAGCAUGUUGAGAGUUACAACUUGUUUUUCUUAUUCGCCAGUCAAAGCUAUACUUCACACAAGGAGUUCACUUCCGUGUAUUAAGCCUAUCUCUGCAAUUGUGCUUGCAAACGGUUGGAAGGUUGUCAACAACAAUAAAAGAUAUCACUAUACUACGCAAGUCGACAACCUGAAUAACAAAAAUGCUGAUGAAGAACCGGUGACGAUUUAUACAGGGCCCUUGGCAAAUGUCGCUAAGAAGUUGAAGCUCUUCUCCAUUACGUCGCUAGGGUUGGGAGUGGGGGCUUCACCUUUUAUUUUCGCUGUGGAUGUUCCUGUACCUUUUGUUGCUAAAGCAGCUCUCGUCGGAGCAGCUAUUGCUACAAGUGCUGCAUCUACAGGGCUGAUACAAUGGGUUAUGUCGCCAUAUGUUACUAAAAUUACAGUUUCCUCGAAUGAAUUAUCUGCAACCGAAGAUACACUACCGAAAAAAUUGAAUGUGCAUACACUAUCUUUCACUGCAAAAGAGAUAAUAACAACAGUACCUGUUGCUGCUAUCCAACCUGCCACUCGUAUUUUUACCAGCUGGAUGAUCAACGAUCCUUCAGCAGCCACAGCUCGAAUUGGUGACAAGAUAGUUAAGCCAAGAACUUUAUUAUAUGUCCAUCCAGAAGUAUGUGAAGAUGAAGAGGCUGGAGUAAUCAAGAAUGUAGUAAACAAAACCGGGAUUGGCAAAGGGUUUUAG